AUGCAGCUCAUACCAUUUGUGAGCUUAGCCCUGCCAGCCAGGGCUGUGCUGAUCCCUCAUCCUCUUUCCCAGCAUCUCACCUUUCCCUUGCUGUCAGUCACUCUCCUGGUGUCCUUUGGCUCCUCCAUGCUCUAUGGCUACAACCUGGCUGUGGUGAAUUCACCAGCAGAGCACAUAAAGGCUUUCUACAAUACCACAUGGUCCCAGCGGUACGGGCACGGGCUGGCUCCUGGCCCCCUGACCCUCCUCUACUCCCUAACUGUCUCCAUCUUCGCCCUGGGUGGGCUGUUGGGCUCCUUGCUGGUGGGGGUGCUGGUGGAGCGGUACGGCAGGAACGGCACCCUGAGCCGCAGCUCUCUCCUCGUCCUCCUGGCUGGCGGGUUUNGGGGUCUGGGGUCCCCUGAGAUGGUGAUCAUUGGCCGCUCCAUCACGGGGCUCCACUCAGGUAUCUGUCUCAGUGUGGUGCCCCUCUACCUGGGAGAAAUUGCCCCCAAGAACCUGCGAGGGUUCCUGGGCCUCAUGCCCAGCAUCUUCAUCUGCCUGGGGGUUUUCUUCGCGCAGGUCCUUGGGCUCCCAGAGCUGCUGGGCAAGGACAAGUUCUGGCCCCUUUUCCUGUCAAUGGUGGCCAUUCCUGCCUCCCUCCAGCUCCUGCUGCUGCACUGCUUCCCUGAGAGCCCGCGCUACCUGCUGAUAGAGAAGAAUGACAUCUGUGGGGCCACCAAGGCGCUGCGCCGGUUCCUGGGGACGCCUGACGUGCAGGGUGUGAUUGAGGAGAUGAAGGAGGAGCAGCAGUCACUCUCCUCUGUGGAGAUGGUUUCUGUCUGGCAGCUGCUGCGGGACCGCUCUGUCUGCUGGCAAACCCUCUCGGUGGCAGUGGUGAACGCUGGCAUGCAGCUCUCGGGGAUUGACGCCAUCUGGUUUUACACCAACACCAUCUUUGAGAACGCCGGGAUCCCCGUGUCCCAGAUCCCCUACACCACCGUGGGCACCGGCGCCAUCGAAGUUGUUGCAGGACUUGUUGGGUGCUUCACCAUUGAGAAGCUGGGCCGGCGGCCACUCAUCAUCACCGGCUUCUGUGCCAUGGGCAUCUGCUCUGCUGGCAUCACUGCCUCCCUGCUGCUGCAGACCUCCCUGCCCUGGAUGAGCUAUGUCAGCGUCGCCUGCGUGGUUGGCAUCAUUGCUGGCUUCUGCAUGGGACCAGCUGGUGUCCCCUUCCUGAUGACAGCUGAGCUCUUCACGCAGUCACACCGCCCGGCUGCCUACAUCGUGGGAGGAUCCCUCAACUGGCUCUGCAACUUCACCAUUGGCUUCAUCUUCCCCUUCUUGCAGAUGUCAACUGGUGCCUUUUGCUAUCUGGUUUUCUGUGGUGUCUGCCUGCUGGUGGCCCUGUAUGUCUACUUCAUCAUCCCCGAAACCAAGAACAAAACCUUCAUGGAGAUCAGCCACAUCUUUGCCACCCGACACUCCCUUCUCUCCAUCCCAGCCCAUCUCACUGGGAUGAUGAAGCUCGAUGGCUACGGAGCCUUGGAGAGCAACUCCUUGGAGGGUUCAGGCUCCAGCCUGCCCUGA